CUCCGAAUACCCAUUGCCAUUGUUCUGUUCUUCUGUUUGAGAUUAGGGGGUCCGAUUUUCGUCUUAUAAACAGCAAGGCAUUUCGUUUCAGAGGAGAAAUUGGGUAUGAGAUUGUGGGCCUUGUGGAAAGUGAGGAGGAAGCGUUCACAGGGAAGAAUCCAGAGACUCAUUCGUCAAGUCAACAUGACAACUAGCAUAGCUAGCGCAUCGAUUCUCUCGCUUUUGCUCUCCAUAUAUAAUAAUAUUCUCCCAAUUUGUCAACGCAUCAGUUCUUGCAAUGGCUGCGUUUUCCUCCAAACCAUGGAUCCACGAUGUGUUCUUGAGCUUCAGGGAUAUCGACACCGGCAAGAACUUCACCGACCACCUCCGUUUUGCGCUAAAAGAGGCCGGUAUCAAUUCCUUCAGGAACGACGACGAGGAUUGUGGAAGAGAUGACUUGGUGCUUGCGAUUCAAAAUUCAAGAAUUUCAAUCAUUGUUUUCUCCAAAAACUAUGCUGCCUCAAGGUGGUGUCUUGAACAGCUAGUGAAGAUCAUGGAAUGUCGAAAGACGACUAGGCAGUUGGUUCUGCCGAUAUUCUAUGAUGUGGAUCCUUCCGAUGUUCGGAAACAAAAUGGGCUUUAUGCAGAAGCUUUUGAUAAACAUGAACAGCGUUUCGUGCCGGAGAAGGUGAUGGAGUGGAGGGCGGCAUUGACUGAUGCAGCCAAUUUAUCUGGCUGGGAUCUAAGGAAUACUGCAGAUGGGCACGAAGCAAAAUUUAUUAAAAUAAUCGUUGGAGAGAUUCUGAGAGAAGUUAACAGCACAUACUUACAUGUGGCCACCUACCCAGUUGGAAUAGAUCCACGAGCGCAGGAUAUAAAUCUAUUGUUGAAUGUUGGAUCAGAUGAUGUUCGCAUGGUGGGAAUCUGCGGAAUGGGUGGAAUUGGUAAAACAACCAUUGCCAAGGCUGUUUACAAUCAAUUGUUUCAUAGUUUUGAAGGGAAAAGUUUCCUUGCAAAUGUUAGGGAAACAGCUAAGCAGCCAAAUUGGCAAAUACGUCUGCAGGAAAACCUACUUUCUGAUAUCCUGAAAGCUGGGAAGAUGAAAAUCAACAGUGUUGAUAUGGUAAAGGAAAUACUUUCUCAAAGAAAGGUCCUUGUAAUUCUUGAUGAUGUAGACCAAUUGGACCAACUGAAUGCAGUAGCUAGAAAUCGUGAUUGGUUUGGUCCGGGGAGCAGGGUCAUCAUCACAAGUAGAGAUGACCAAUUGUUAAAGAAGAUGAAAAUGGAUGAAGUAUACAUGGCAAAAGAAUUGGAUGAUGCUGAAUCUAUUGAGCUCUUUAGUUGGCAUGCCUUUAGGAAAAGUGAUCCUGUCCAGGAUUAUGUUGAAUUAUCAAGAAGUGUUGUCAAUCAUUCAGGAGGACUGCCGCUAGCUCUUGAAGUUCUGGGGUCAUUUCUGUAUGGUAGAACGAUACCUGAAUGGAGAAGUGCAUUAGAAAGGUUGAGAAGAAUUCCUCACAGCCAAAUUCGGGAUAAACUUAGAAUAAGUUAUGAUGGCCUGAGCAACGACAAAGAGAAGGAUAUGUUCCUUGAUAUAGCUUGUUUCUUUAUUGGAAUGGACAAAUACUAUGUUGUUCAAAUUUUAGAUGGCUGUGGCUUCUUUGCAGAAAGUGGAAUAAGCCUUCUUAUUCAGCGAUGCCUUGUGAAAAUUAAUGGGGAUAACAAGUUAGUGAUGCAUGAUUUGCUUCGAGAUAUGGGGAGAGAUAUUGUUCGUGAAUCAUCACCAAAGGACCCUGGAAGGCGUACCCGAUUGUGGCUUCAGGAAGAUGUUAUUGAUGUCUUGGUUAAACACAGGGGAACAGAAUUUAUUGAAGGGCUAAUCCUAAAAUUUCCAGGGCCAACUGCUGUUAAGUUAGAUACAAAAGCAUUUUCCAUUAUGCAGAGACUAAGACUGCUUCAACUGACUAAUAUGCAAUUCAGUGGAGACUCUGAGAAUUUUUCCAAAGAGUUGAGAUGGCUCUGUUGGCGUGGAUUUCCGUGGAAGUUCAUACCAAACAACUUUUAUCUGGAAAACCUUGUUGCAAUGGACAUGCGCUACAGCAAUUUAAGGCGAGUUUGGAAUGAUUGCAAGUUUCUUGGGAAGUUGAAGUUCCUCAAUUUGAGUCACUCCCAGUUCCUUACGCAUACCCCUGACUUCUCAAAACUCCCUAAUCUCGAGAGGUUAAUACUAAAAGGCUGCAAAAGUUUGGUCGAGAUUCACCAAGCCAUUGGACAACUUGAUAAACUUGUGCUAGUAAACUUGAAGGAUUGCAAGCAACUUAAGAAUCUCCCAGGAAGCUUCUCUAAGCUGAAGUCCCUUGAAACUCUCAUUCUUUCCGGCUGCUCAAGGUUUGACAAAUUGCCUGAGGACUUGGGAGACUUAGAAUCAUUGAUAUCCCUUAUUGCAGAUAACACUGUUAUAGCACAAGUACCACUUUCCAUAGUAAGAUUGAAGAACCUCCAACAAUUAUCUCUUUGUGGCUGUAAGGUAUCUCCAAUUAAUUCAUUGUCUUCGCUCUUGCGGUCUUGGGUUUCGUCACGAAAAAAUCCUAUCCCCACCAACCUCUUGCCUGCUUCAUUGCAUGGCCUUAUCUCGCUAAGAGUAUUGUCGCUCAAAGACUGUAAUCUGUCGAAUGAUGCACUCCCAAAAGAUAUUGGGACUCUUCCCUCCCUUGAGGAUUUGAAUUUGGAAAGCAAUAGUUUUCAGAAUCUACCGGGCAGCCUCAGUGGCCUUGCUAAGCUUAGAACUUUGACGCUAGACCGUUGUGAUAGGCUUGAGUCAAUUCCUGAUCUACCUGUAGGUUUGAAAUCCUUGUAUGCAAGAUAUUGCACGUCAUUAGAAAGAACACAAGACCUGUCGAAAUUCUUAAAUAUCGAAACUCUGACUCUUUCUAAUUGCCACAACCUCAUUGAGGCUCCAGGCCUGGAUAAGUUGAAGUCUGUUAGAUUCAUUCGCUUGGAAGGGUGCAAAAACAUCUCCAAUACUUACAAGGAGAGCAUCCUACAGGGAUGGGCUGUGGAAGGUUUUGGUGGCAUUUAUCUCCCUGGGAAUGAGAUCCCUGACUGGUACAGCUACAAGGAUGAAGGUCCUUCAGUGUUUUUUCAGAUUCCCAAAUUCAUUGAUAAUGAAUUCAAAGGUUUUAGCGUUUGCGUAGUUUUUUCAUCUCAUCUAGACAAGAUGGUAUCUAGUGAUUUUCACAGCCUUACCAUUUUUAAUUAUACCAAAGGUGUUACGAAAAGGAAGCCAGUUGCAUUUGAUCUUGAGACAUCUCCUGAAGAUCACCUGUGGCAAAGCCAUUUUUCAAGUCAGUCGUUCGAUUUGGAUUGUGAGGAUGAAAUAGAGAUUUUCAUUGAUUUUGGUGACAAAUUUACCAUAAAGAAGACUGGCGUCUACUUAAUAUAUGAGAAGGAUGUCAUUAUUGAAUACAAAUCCAAUUUAAUUACUGACAAUGAAGAUGAAGUAAACGAUGAUGCAGGUGUUACAGCUAAGAGAGGCCGCGAUGAGGAUGGCAAUGAAGCUGGACCUAGCCAUGGCUGGUCUGAUGAGGAACAAGCACCCAAAAGGUUAAGGUACGAACCUAAUGUUGGAAAUGAGAAGCAUUGAUCAUGAAGAAUGCAUGGCUAAUGGCUUUGUCAGAGAAGGUUACAUAUUGAGAUACUAAUCGGUGGAUCAAUACUUGAAGGUAAUUAAGUUACUCAUUGACCAUAAGGUGUUAUAGAAUAAGGUCUGUCUUCAUCCGCUUUCAAGAAUUAAAACUUUGCAAUUGACAUAUAACUUGAUGUCUCUUUGCACUGGGAGUAUGAUGAAGUAGUAGACAAUUUGAUCUUCAAACAUUGCUUGCAACCCAAUUUCUCCUUUCCUUUGAAGUUUGAACUGAAAUGCCUUGCUGUUUAUAAGAAGAAACGGGGAGGAACAGAAAAAUGACAAUGGCUAUUCUGAGUC